AUGAGUGUGUAUGAACAGAGAGAGGAUGCUAUUCAUAAAGCAGCAUCUCCAGAACCCAGCUGUGUGUCUGUAAAGAGUAAUGAUUCCAUCAUUCACCCUCCUAAUCUAUCCGAUGGGGCAGUGAACUCUGACCUUGAAUCAGUGAUGCUGCAUCUAACCUGGACUGACUCUGACUAUCAUAGUAUCAGUCAGAGAGUCAAAUACCAGCACAAAACCAACAUGAAGAUCAGGUAUGAGAGAUUAUUUGAGGGAAUCAAACCAGAAGAGAAUCAAACCCUUCUGAACAGCAUCUACACACAGCUCUACAUCAUAGAAGGAGAGAGUGAUGGAGUGAAUGAAGAACAUGAGGUUUUACAGAUGGAGAAAACAGCCAGAACACAAGACACUCCAAUCUACUGCAAUGACAUCUUUAAACCCUUCAAUAAACCAGAGCAUGAGGAGAAAGACCAAAUAAAGACUGUUCUCACUAAAGGCAUCGCUGGAAUUGGAAAAACCGUCUCUGUGCAGAAGUUCAUUCUAGACUGGAGUGAAGGAAAAGCCAGUCAGGAUGUAGAUUUCAUGUUUGUGCUUCCAUUUCGAGAGCUGAACUUGAUUAAAGAUCAUCAGUACAGUCUUCACAGACUUCUGCUGGACUUUCAUCCUGAACUUCAAGAUCUGGGCUCAGAGAUGUAUGAGGAGUGUAAAGUCGUGUUCAUCUUUGAUGGUCUGGAUGAAAGCAGAAUCCCACUGAAGUUUUCAGACAUUGAGAGAGUUAGUGAUGUGAAUGAGUCUUCAUCAGUGGCUGUGUUGAUGUCAAACCUCAUCAGAGGAGAUCUGCUUCCCUUUGCUCUCAUCUGGAUCACCUCCAGACCAGCAGCAGCCAAUCAGAUCCCCUCAAAAUACAUCAACCGUCUGACAGAAAUUCAGGGAUUCAAUGAGCUUCAGAAGGAGGAAUAUUUCAGGAAGAGAAUCAGUGAUGUGGAUCAAGCCAGAAGAAUCAUCUCCCACAUCAGAAGAUCCAGAAGCCUCCACAUCAUGUGUCACAUACCCGUCUUCUGCUGGAUCUCAGCCACUGUGCUUCAGAAGCUCCUGAAUGAAGGUGACAAAGCAGAAAUCCCUCAAACUCUGACUGAAAUGUACAUCCACUUCCUGCUGACUCAGAUCAACAUGAAGAACCAGAAGUAUGAAGAGAGAGAUCCAGAGAAACUCCUGAAGUCCAGCAGAGACAUGAUUGUGAAACUUGCUGAACUGGCUUUCAAUCAGCUGAUGAAGGGCAAUGUGAUGUUCUAUGAAGAGGACCUGAUUGAGAGCGGCAUAGACAUCACUGAUGCUGCAGUGUAUUCUGGGAUUUGCACUGAGAUCUUUAUGGAGGAAUCUGUGAUUCAUCAGAGGAAAGUCUACAGCUUCGUACAUCUGACCUUUCAGGAGUUUCUCGCUGCUUUCUUUGUGUUUUACUCUUACAUAGUCAAAAAUGUGGAGUGUUUAAAAUUAUUUCUGUAUGAAGAAGAUCAGAGUGAAAUUAGUUUUUAUGAUCUACUAAAUGCAGCAGUUGAUGAAUCCUUACAGAGUGAAAAUGGACAUCUGAAUCUUUUCCUGAGGUUUCUGCUGGGUGUCUCACUGGAGUCCAAUCAGAGACUCUUACAGGAUCUACUGCCAAACCGAGAGAACAGUUCAGAGAUCAUUAAGAGAAUCACACAAUAUAUCAAAGUCCAAAUCAAAGGUGAUGAACAUCUCUCAGCUGACAGAUGCAUCAAUCUGUUCCUCUGUCUGCUGGAAAUGAAGGAUCAGACUCUGUACAGAGAGAUUCAGGAGUUUGUGAAAUCACAUAAUCACUCAGUAAAGAAACUCUCUCCAUCUCACUGCUCUACAAUUGCCUACAUGCUUCUGAUAUCAGAGGUGCUGGAUGAGUUUGAUCUGAAGAAAUACAACACAUCAGAUGAGGGCAGAAGGAGACUGAUACCAGCCAUUGCGAACUGCCGAAAAGCUCUACUUGCAGGCUGUAAUCCUACUGCUCAGUUCUGUGAACAUUUAUCUUCAUUACUACAAUCACCAAACUCGCUGAGAAAUCUGGACCUGAGUCAAAAUAACCUGCAGGAUUCAGGAAUACAGCUGCUUUCUGAUGGACUGAAGAGCUCACAAUGUCAACUGGAGAUACUGAGACUUGCUGGCUGUAAUCUCACUGAUCAGUGCUGUGAAAGUUUGUCUUCAUCUCUACUAUCCUCAAACUCACUGAGAGAGCUGGACUUGAGUAAUAAUGACCUGCAGGAUUCAGGAGUAAAGCUGCUCUCUGAUGGACUGAAGAGCUCACACUGUCAACUGGAGAUACUGAGAUUAUCUGGCUGUAUGGUGACAGAGGAAGGCUGUUGUUUCCUGGCUUCAGCUCUGAGAUUAAACCCCUCACACCUGAGAGAGCUGGAUAUGAGCUACAAUCAACCUGGACAAUCAUUAGCCGAGCUAAUCUCUGAUCCAAACUACAGACUAAACACACUUAAUUUAGAUCAUGGAGGAAAGAUCAGGAUUAUACAAGGACCACAGAAAUAUCCAUGUGAUCUCACAUUGGAUGUAAACACAGCACACAUUCAUCUCGCUCUGUCUGAGAAGAAAAGAAAGGUGACGUAUGUGGCAAAGAGGCAGCAGUAUCCCGAUCAUCCAGAGAGAUUUGAUGAGUGUCUUCAGGUUCUGUGUAAAGAGACUCUGACUGGACGCUGUUACUGGGAGGCUGAAUGGACUGGAGUAGCUGAUAUAUCAGUGGCAUAUAAGGGAAUCUGCAGGAAAGGAUGGAGUGAUGACGGUUUAUUCGGAUCUAAUAAAAAGUCCUGGAGUCUGACCUGUUUUAAUGACAAUUUUACAGUCCGACAUUAUAAUACAACCAUGUUUAUAUCUGCCCCGUCACUUCUCUCUAAUAGAGUAGGAGUGUAUCUGGACUGGUCUGCCGGGAUUUUGUCCUUCUACAGUGUCUCUGACACACACACACUCAAACCCUUACACACAUUCAACACCACAUUCACUGAACCACUCUAUGCUGGAUUCGGAAUUUGUUCUUCUGGUAAUUCAGUGUCUCUGUGUGACAUCAGAUAAGUUUUCGGUGUAAAAUAACAGAGACUCACAUGAUCUCUCCUUAACUGGCACAGAUCUUCUCUCUUACUUUCAGUUUGCAUAUACACAAAGCUUUGGUAUUAAUGAGACACACCACACACUUCUACUGUGGUUUUAUACUGAUGU